GCAUUCCUGCUUUAUGUUGUUAUAUUUUAGAACACCAGGGUGGCACUUAUAGCUUCUGGGCAACACAGGGAAGUAUAAAAAACAUUUUUUGGACUACUACUACACUCCAAGCCAGAAAUGUGCAAGGAAAUAUCUCCGUCCUCCUCCCCCGACUCAGCGACGGGCUCCGGUACUGAUCCAGCACGGCCUGACACCGGAGAGCCGCUCGGUGGAGGAUCCGAUUCGGAUUCAGAUUUCGGAUUAGGGAAAUUUGAUUGUGGUGCUGGGGAUACAGCGCUUCGAUUAGAAGGAGCCGAUCUAGAGAAUGAGUUUGAGGCGGCAGCGGACCGGGUCAGAGAUCUCGUGCAGACAGCGAGUAGAGAGCAGCUGCUGUAUCUGUACGCCAGGUUCAAACAGUCAUCAGAGCGAAGAGGAGGAGAGAAGCGAACUGGAUUCGGCGGGCCAGCGGUUAGCUCUCUAUACCAAGAGGAAAAGAUAAGGGAAGAGGACAAAAACAUUUUUGACUAUUGCCGAGAGAACAACAUCGAAUAUGUCAGCGAGGCCAUCAGCUCCAAGAAAAUGGAAGUGAAUACAAGAGAUGAAGAGGGCCGGGCUCUCCUGCACUGGGCGUGUGACAGGGGCCACAAAGACCUGGUGUCUCUACUCUUGCAGAACAACGCUGAUAUCAAUAGCCAGGAUGAUGAAGGACAGACCGCACUGCACUAUGCCUCAGCUUGUGAGUUUGCAGAAAUAGUUGAGUUACUCCUGAAGGCCGGAGCUGACCCAUCAAUCAAAGAUCAAGAAGGCUCCCUUCCAGAGGAGGUGACAGAGUCUAGCGCUAUCUCCUCUCUCCUCCGCCAGUACACUGCUCCUAAAGGCUAAAUCUCACUCUGUGAAAUCUCACUCCACCAAAUCAAACCAAACCCACAUGAUCAAGUUAAAAGUUCAUGCAAGCUGUGCUCCUCAUCCAAAUGCUACAUGCCUGCUCUCAAACUGACACUAGUUCCAGAACUGAACUCAAUCAGUUCAGCAUUCUAGAACUAUUAUCAUUGAUUCCAUUUGGCUCUGAAGCACAGAUGUUAUACUUUCAAACAGUUAAGUUCAGACAACCUGUCCUCCCCUGUCCUAGAAUUGUACAUUCCAAUGAAUGUGUUACUGUUGUUACUAUUAAAGACAUGG